AUGAGUUCAGCUAUGGAUCUAUCUCAAUUAGUACCUAAUGCUAUUGGAAUGUUAGCUUAUGAUGAAAAUGGUCAACUUAUUGACUCUUCAGGAGUUGGAAAACAAAGAGCAGGUGACAUUUUAGAACUGAGUAAGAUCGAGUUAGAUGAUGAAGGCUAUGGUAUAGUUCGGGAUAAUGAGGUUGAGAUCAUUUUAUUGAAACAAGGAGGUAAAACUUUGGCAGUUUACCGUAGUUAUUUGUAA